AUGUCGUCACCUCCUGCCGCCGUGUCCGUCAGAGGAUCGAUCACUCACGUCAUAUUCGACAUGGAUGGUCUCCUUCUCGACACUGAAAAGUUUUACACGGAGGUACAGGAAAAGAUACUUGCUAGAUACAAUAAAACAUUUGAUUGGUCUCUCAAGGCAAAGAUGAUGGGAAGAAAAGCAAUAGAAGCUGCCACGCUUUUUGUUGAAGAAUGUGGAAUCAGUGACUCUCUUUCACCUCAAGAAUUCAUUGUUGAGAGAGAGUCAAUGUUGCAAGACCUGUUCCCCACAAGUGACCUAAUGCCAGGAGCUAGCCGACUUCUCAGACAUCUCCAUAGGAAAGGGAUUCCAAUUUGUGUGGCCACGGGCACUCACACACGACAUUUUGAUCUAAAAACACAAAGACACCGUGAGCUUUUUUCGUUGAUGCAUCACAUAGUGCGGGGAGAUGAUGCAGAGGUAAAGCAAGGGAAGCCCGCGCCAGACAGCUUUCUUGCUGCAGCUAGGAGAUUUGAGGAUGGUCCUGUAGAUCCACGGAAGGCUUUGGUGUUUGAAGAUGCGCCUUCUGGAGUCCUGGCAGCUAAAAACGCCGGAAUGAAUGUGAUAAUGGUACCAGAUCCAAGAUUGGACAAGUCCUAUUGUGAUGUAGCGGAUCAAGUUCUGGCCUCUCUGCUAGAUUUCAAACCAGAGGAAUGGGGCUUACCUUCCUUUGAGGAUUCACACAGUUAA